GAAGGAAACUAAUAGGACCCCCGAAUCGCCCCAUAUAUGUAACAGAUUUGGAACCUACGAGCUUUGCAAUUUCGAAUCGAAGCUCUGAUCAAAAUUAGCAAAGUAGGUUACUUUGUUGUAGCUGGCUUCGAUACUUGGACACAAGACCAGAGAGCAGGAACGCCAAACAGAAGAAUCCGCUUAUUCGCCAUGAAAGAGGAUUACGAGGUUGAUGAGAAGAAGCAAGCUGCUGCUGAUGUAUUGUUUAGUUAUUCCAAGUUUGCAAUGGCCUGCAUCGGAAACCAGACUCGCCCUACUGACAUGAGGUUGCAUUUGAUGAAGGAGAUCUCAGGAUUGCCGACUUCUCUGAAAAGAAGAGAAUCUUCGAGAGCAGCAACUUCUCCUGAUCCAGUUGGCGAAUCAUCAAGCUCUGGUACUGCCAGGCUAGAUAAAACGGAUAGUUUCAGGGCACUUUGAUUUUAGUUUUUGUUCAGUCGUCAUGGUCUCACAUUAUAGAUAGAUGCUUGUGGAUUACAGGCUUAAGUAUCUCUGUAUCUGUCGCUGAGGAACCUUACUUAUCAAGUUUUAACUUUUGAUUGUGAACAUGGUAGUGUUAAUGAAGUGCUGUAUUCGCAGUUGUGUUCUUAAAAAGAAAUGCUAUGAUACUACUUCAAAAUAAUAUUCUGGUUUUAUAAUC